AGACAGAGGGACAGGGACACAGACACAGACAGGGACACAGGACAGAGACACAGAGUCAGGGACACAGGGACUGAGAGAGACAGAGACUCGGUGUCAGGGACAGACAGAUAGUCUGAAGGGAGAAGAUGUUCACGGCGGCGGUGGAAGCGACUGGAGGCGGAUUUCAGUUUGAAAACUGUAGCAGAAAUCGUUCUUUCGACUCUUUCUCUGAGCAGAAGCUUGUCCUCCCGAAUGCCACCAAAACCGGCACCACCAUCGGGGGGCUGGUCUUCAAGGAUGGAGUUGUCCUCGGGGCUGAUACACGAGCCACGUCUGGUGAAGUUGUUGUCGACAAAAACUGUUCUAAAAUUCAUCGCAUCAGCUCGAACAUUUACUGCUGCGGUGCUGGGACUGCGGCCGACACGGAGAAGACGACGGAGAUGCUGGCCUCAAAAAUAGAGCUUCAUGCUCUGGCCACCGGCCGGCAGCCACGGCUUGUCAUGGCCAGUCGCUUCUUACAGGACACGCUUUUCAGGUAUCGUGGCCACAUCAGUGCGAUGCUGCUCCUGGGCGGAGUUGACUGUUCGGGGCCACACAUUUAUGAAGUUGAUCCUUACGGGUCAGUGCAGAAGCUGCCCUUCAGUUCCAUGGGUUCGGGCAAUCUUGCUGCAAUGGGAGUCUUUGAGGACAGGUAUAGGCCGGACAUGAAUGAGGAAGAGGCUAAGAUGUUGGUCAGAGACGCCAUUAAUGCUGGGAUCAUGAACGACUUGGGCUCCGGCAGCAACAUUGACCUGUGUGUGAUCACCCAGCACAAGGUGGACUUUAUCCGUCCGUACAACAUCUCCAAUUACAAGGGACAGCGACUGGGGAGGUACCGGUAUCCGAGAGGCUGUACAGCGGUGCUGAGUAAAGAUGUCACUCCCCUCAGCUUCCAGCUGAUACACGAGGAGGUGCAGGAAAUGCAGAUCUCAUAGAGCGACCAUCAACCUGUACAGCACUGUGUAACACAGCCUGUACUGUGUACUGUGUAACACAGCCUGUACUG